AUGUUUUACACUGUGAUAUUUUUUGCCACAUUAAUACUUAUAUUCCUGCUGUGGGAUGUACGAAAACCAUCGAAAUUUCCACCAGGACCCAAAUGGUAUCCUAUUGUUGGUUGUGCUUUGCAAAUAUCACGAUUACGACUUAAAUGCGGCAUGUUUUGUAAAGUAGUCGACGAAUUGGCCCGACAUUAUAUUAACCCGUAUGGAUUGUAUGGCCUUAAAAUUGGUAAAGAUAAACUAGUGAUAGCCUAUUAUAACGAUACGAUACAAGAGAUGAUGACUAAUGAAGAUUUAGAUGGUAAACCGGAUGGAAUUUUUUAUCGUAUGCGUACUUUCGAUUCGAAAAAAGGUAUUUUAGUUACCGACGCAGAGUUAUGGGUCGUACAUCGUCGUUUCAUUUUGCGACAUUUAAAAGAUUUCGGCUUUGCCAGGAGCGGGAUGAUUAAUGGCAUUCAACAAGAAGCCGAACAUCUGUUGAAUGAUUUAAAUGAUAUUAUCAAUGAACAGGGAGGAAAGCAUGCGAUUAUACCCAUGGUUAACUUAUUUACAGUGUACGUUUUAAAUACCCUUUGGUCAAUGAUGGCUGGUAAACGUUAUGAUCGUAAAAGUGAGGAAAUCAAUGAUUUGUUAAAAAUGUUCUUCGAACUCUUUCAACAUGUCGAUAUGGUGGGCGCAAUGUUCAGUCAUUUCCCCAUUAUGCGUUUUAUAGCACCUAACUAUUCGGGGUAUAAUGCUUUCGUGGAAAACCAUCGACGUAUCUACCGAUUUUUGCGUAAAGAAGUAGAAAAUCAUCGAAAAACAUAUCAAAAUUAUAAUGUUCCACGGGAUUUAAUGGACAGUUACCUCGGAGAGCUCGAGAAACCCGAUCACAAUGAAUCGUUUACGGAAGAACAACUUUUAGCUGUCUGCUUGGAUAUGUUUUUGGCGGGGUCCGAAACUACUAAUAAAAGUUUAGGAUUUGCCCUCUUGCAUAUGGUGCGUAAUCCGGGAAUCCAGGAGAAGGCGUAUAAUGAAAUCCAGGAGAUUGUCGGCUUAGAACGGUUACCAGAAUGGAGUGAUCGUACUCGUCUACCUUAUUGCGAGGCCAUCGUUUUGGAAGCAGUGCGCAUGUUUAUGGGCAAUACAUUCGGUAUACCGCAUCGUGCUUUAUGUGACACUCGUCUCAGUGGUUAUGAGAUACCCAAAGAUACCAUGGUUAUUGCCUGCUUUCGCGGUAUGCUUAUGAAUCCAGCCGAUUUUCCUUAUCCAAAUAAAUUCGAUCCUGAUCGUUAUUUAUUGGAUGGCGUUCUUAAAGUACCGGAAGCAUAUAAUCCCUUUGGUUUCGGACGUCAUCGCUGCAUGGGUGAUAUUUUAGCGCGACAAAAUUUGUUCAUGUUCAUAACUACGGUAAUUCAAAAUUUUCGUUUCGUUGCUUUGCCUGGAGAGUUGCCUGAUGACGAGCCUUUGGACGGCGCCACAGCUUCUGUAAAACCUUAUGAAGCCUAUAUUGUCCCUCGACAUUACUAAUUGAUUAGGGUACAGCGAUUUACAUACAUAUGGAAAGUUGGCAAGAAAAUAAUUUAAAUCAAGCUCAGUUUUGUUCCAAUUUUUUUUUGAUAGAAAAAAUGUAGAGAAACUCUAGUGGGCGAUGGAAAAUCGUUGCAUACUCUAAACCAGUCCAAACCUAUUCGUAUUCCGUUUUUUCAAAGCAAUCGUCCUUAAGCCAAAGUAUAUUGGCAUCAAAAGUCGCGACUGUGUAUUGACCGUGAGAAUUCUAGAUGGACAGACGGACAGACAAUCUUAUAACAAUUCAGAAAGUGAUUGUGAUUUGGCGGGUCUACCUCAAGAUCUUCUGGGUGCUGAAUACAUCAGCACAAACUUAAGUAGAUUAUUAUAAUAACCAAUGUCAUAGCAGACUCGUGACGCAUAUCCAGGAGCCAACUUCAUUACAUAUGAACUGCAUGUGUUAAGUGAUUUUUUUAUUCAAUUUAUGCGGAACCCGAAAAUUCCGACUUUGAAGAGGUUCAAAGCGAUUUUGCUUGUUUUUUAAUCGUUUGCAAUCCUAUAAGCAAAGAAAGUGGAGAAGUAUUGCGUCAUGAAAUUAUUACGCAGUAAUUAAAAAAAAAUUGCUGCCGCUUUCAAUGCAAUUUAGAACCUCUUUACAUCUAUAUAACUAAAUCAUUCUGAAUUACUUAAAUUGAAGAUCGAGUCAAUUUUAAUCUAUAUUCAUAUCUGACUCAUUGCGUUGCACAUAGUUUUCUUUCUUCGUUUACUAACAAUUGGCUGAAAACGAACUUUUGCGCUAAUUAAGUUAAUUUAACGGCUUUUUGUAAAAAUAUUAGAGAAAAGUAAAUAAUAUUCGACAAGUUUUGUUCACACGGACCUUUUAUAUAUUGAAAUUUACUUUCCCAUUAGUUCAUGAUCAAGUCGAUCUACUCGUCAUAUUAAUGGCUUUUAUUUUUAUAAAAACUGUCAAAGUAAAAUGGAAAAUUUAAAUAUACAUAUAAUUGUUUUUGGAUACCGAGUAAAGGUAAACUUGGCCAUAGAAAAUGUACACACGUGAUAGGUCUACCAGAGAGUUCUAUGCGCCCUUAGAGUAAAACAGAAUCCCACUUUUCGAAUAUGGUCCAAAAAGUUUAGUGAAAAUAAAUCAAGCCUUUUUGCAUCGUCCUCCUUCUUUUGUCAAAAAAGAAUUUUGCCUUAACACGAUCUUGGCAGUGUCGAUCAAAGAUGUUCGAUCCGAGCACGGCUUAUCAGAAACAUCGAAAUUACCUAUUGGAAUUUUCUCGAACAAUCUUCUGCACUGUACCUG